GCCGGAAGUGAGUGAGCGCCAGUGCUACUGCUGAACCGUCUUUAGUAACAGAAAUGCCUCAAAGAUGAAAUGCAUUUUCUGCACCCUUUCAUAACUUGUGCAUUCAUUUAGCUCUCAUAAACCCGUCAUCACAAAGAGUCUGGCUGGCAGCUGAUGACGCCUAGGUCAGCAGGAUGACUAUCAAGACAAACAAAUCUUACAAGCUGGUGGUUCAUAAAAAAGGCUUUGGCGGAAGUGAUGAUGAGCUGAUGAUGAACCCCAAGGUGUUCCCCCACGUGGCCCUGGGGGACAUCGUAGAGAUCGCACAUCCCAACGAUGAGUACAGUCCUCUUCUGCUGCAAGUAAAGAGCCUGAAAGAAGACCUGCAGAAAGAGACAAUCAGUGUUGACCAAACAGUUGCCCAGGCCUUCAAGCUCCGUGCUUACCAGGAUGUCAUCAUCAACAUUGUGGAUCCUAAGGAUGUCACCCUUGAUCUUGUGGAGCUCACCUUCAAAGAUCAGUACAUUGGCCGAGGAGACAUGUGGAGACUGAAGAAGAGUUUGGUCAGCACCUGUGCAUACGUGACCCAGAAAGUUGAGUUUGCUGGAAUCAGGGCCCAGGCCAGUGAACUAUGGGUCAAAGGUGAAAAGGUCACAUGUGGGUACAUCAGUGAGGACACCAGGGUGGUGUUCAGGUCCACUUCAGCGAUGGUUUACAUCUUCAUCCAGAUGAGUUGUGAAAUGUGGGACUUUGAUAUCUAUGGAGACCUUUACUUUGAAAAGGCCGUUAAUGGUUUCCUGUCAGAUCUCUUUACCAAAUGGAAGGAGAAGAACUGCAGUCAUGAGGUGACGGUGGUGCUGUUCUCCAGAACUUUCUACUCAGCCAAAUCUAUGGAUGAGUUUCCUGAGAUCCUGAGGGGUUCUAUCAGACAGGACCAUGAGGGACGCUUCUAUGAGGAUUUCUACAGGGUGGUGGCCCAAAACGAAAGACGAGAUGAGUGGACAUCUCUCCUCAUUACCAUCAAGAAACUCUUCAUCCAGUACCCUGUCCUGGUGCGCCUCAGAGGAGCAGAUGGCUUCCCCUGUGGUCAGAACUCCACAGCAGCUCAGGGGAACUAUCUGGAAGCUAUUAACCUCUCCUUCAACGUGUUUGACAAGCACUACAUCAACCGCAACUUCGACCGCACAGGGCAGAUGUCCGUUGUGAUCACACCGGGCGUGGGGGUUUUCGAGGUGAACCGCCUGCUCAUGAUCCUCACCAAACAGCGCAUGAUUGACAAUGGUAUCGGAGUGGACCUGGUGUGCAUGGGAGAGCAGCCACUCCAUGCUGUUCCUCUUUUCAAGCUGCACAACCGGACAGUACCAGGAGACUCCAGGCUGGGGGAUGACUACAACCUGCCCCACUGGAUCAACCACAGUUUCUACACAUCCAAAAGCCAAGGCAGUUGCAGCUCUUUUACCCCCAGGAUAAAGCUGGCAGGACGCAAGGCCCAUGCAGAGAGAGCCAAGAGCAGUAAAGAGAACUCCCUGGGAGCCCCGAAGGACUCGGAGAACAGCUUGCCCAUCCAGGUGGACUAUGAUGCCUAUGACGCCCAGGUGUUCCGGUUGCCAGGGCCCUCUCGAGCUUCACGCAGCACCAACUUCAGGUCCAGUCGUGAGAGGGAGACCAGUGGUCGGAAGAGCUGGGGUUCGGCCGAGGCCAGUGGUGGAGGCCCAGGGACAGGAGGGGUGUCCCCCCCAACGAGGGGCCCCGGAAUGGGGGGCCCAGACGAGCAGCGGAGCCUGGCAUCUGACGACAGCCUGGGGCGCGUGUCCAACAUCCUCCUGAUCCCGCGCGGCCCUCCAGCCCAGUACGAGGUCAGCAGCUCACUGGGGUAUACCAGCACAAGAGAGAUCCUGGAGAAGAUGAUGGAGUCCCAGCGGGACUGGAGCGCCCCAGGUCGUUUUACGGUGGGCAGCGCCGAGUCCACUCUGCACGUGCGUCCAGGCGGCUACACCCCUCAGCGGGCGCUUAUUAACCCCUUCGCCCCCUCACGCAUGCCCAUGAAGCUCACCUCCAACCGCCGCCGCUGGAUGCACACCUUCCCUGUGGGCCCAUCGGGAGAACCCAUCCAGAUCCACCACCAGACGCGGCAGAACAUGGUGGAACUGCAAGGCAGCGAGCAGCGAGACCCCGCCCACACCUCUGCAGAGCUGCUGGAGCUGGCCUAUCACGAGGCCACUGGCAGGAGAACAGCUUCUCGUCACGGUGGAGAGAAUGGCCUUUACAUCAGUGGAGGGAUAGAGGAGUUCUCUGGCAGCCCCUCCAGCAGCAACAGCACUGGAACACCUGUUAAUCGUGGAUCCUCAUUCGAAGACUUCUCCUCUGGUGGUCCUGACCCAACCCUCCUGCUGUCUGCCCCCCCAACAGUGCCCAGUUUCUGCUGCACGGUGGGGGUGGACUGGAAGUCCCUGACCACACCCGCCUGCCUCCCCCUCACCACCGACUACUUCCCCGACAAACAGUCGCUCCAGAACGACUAUACCGAGGGCUGCUACGACCUGCUACCCCACACAGACCUGGACAGGCGUGAUGAGGACGCUCCAGCGAUGUCGGCGCCUCAAGUGUUUGAGGAGUUCAUCUGUCAGAGACUCAUGCAGGGCUACCAGAUCAUCGUCCAACCAAACGCCAGGAAGCAGGCUCCGCCUUCAUCUGCCCCGCCCCUCAGCAGCAGCCCACUCUACUCUAGAGGUCUGGUGUCUCGGCGUAGGCAAGAGGAGGAGGAGAGUGUGUACUGGCUCAGCAUGGGCCGCACAUUCCACAAAGUCUGCCUGAAGGACAAGAUCAUCACCGUCACACGCUACCUGCCCAAGUAUCCGUACGAGUCGGCACAGAUCCAGUACAGCUACAGUCUGUGCCCGCCUCACACUGAGGCCCAUUUCCUGUCCUGCUGGGUGGAGUUCAGUCACGAGAGGCUGGAGGAGUACAAGUGGAACUACCUGGACCAAUACAUCUGCUCAGCCGGCUCCGAGGACUUCAGUCUGAUUGACUCGUUAAAGUUCUGGCGCACACGCUUCCUACUGCUCCCAGCCGGAGGAGGGGCGAGGCGUGUUGCGGACAGUGAUGGCCGAUGGGAUGUGUACGGCGAGGGUUUCGGGGUGCCGGGUUCUGAUUGGGCACCGCUGGAUGGCUUCAUCCGCUUUGUGGAGGGGCUGAACCGCAUUCGCCGCCGACACCGCUCCGACCGGAUCAUCAGGAAAGGAGGAGCCAUGAAGGGCUUGCAGGUGACAGGCCCUCUCUCACCCUACCCCCCUGAGCCCAUAGCGCCCCCUCUGGGAAAGAAGGGAACAUCGGCUCUCUCAGCACUGCUGGAAUUGGAUCAGACCCAAAAGACUCUUGAGGAGCAGCAGCAGCAGGCUGCCCAACAUGGUGUCAAGGCGGCCGGGCCCCUCAGUGAAGCCUCCACCGGGGCCAUGGCAACCACCUAUGUCGACAGCCCCCGAAAGGACGCCGGCUUCCUUCUGGAUUUUAUCCGGAGCCCUCGCUCCUCAUACAUCUAUCACUCUCAGAUUUCAGCUGACCAACCAGCAGCCAGUGUGGCUGAGUCUGGGCUAACUGACAAAGCAGCCAGCCAGUCAGCUGCUGCAGGUGUUGGUACUCAGUCCAGUGGAGACGCAGCCUCUGGAGUUUCCACGGAAACCAGGUGAGCGAAUCCCACUUAU